AUGAGGUUCGUCGUACCUAUAGACUCAACCUUCAGAAAUAAACAAUUGAGAUUAGAAGAACGUCAAGCAAUUGAAAAGUUUCUUUUGAAAGAAAGUAAGGAAGGUAGUCUUAAAUACGGAUCAAUAACACAAGCUGCGAUGUUGUUCAAAAAAUCAAUAAGAACUAUUCAGCGCAUUUGGAAACAAUGUCAAUCAUCAGUUGAUAAUGGUAUGUCGUCGUUAGAUGUGUCUUUAAGACUUAUAGGUAAAGUUGGAAGAAAACGGAUUGGAGUCGACAUUAAUCAAGUCAAAGAAAUUCCACUUUGUUGUCAAACAAGUAUUCGAUCUCUGGCUUUUGCGAUGAACCUGCCAAAAUCAACCGUCUUUCGGCAUGUGAAAGAUGGAACUCUUCGGCCACGUUCUAAUUCCAUCAAGCCUCAGUUAACCGAAGGAAACAAAAAGGUACAACUACAAUACUGCCUCUCAAUGAUUGAUCAGAAUACAAUCCACAGAAAUCCCAUGUACUACCUGUUUCCUGGAGAGCAUGAGCCAGACCCGUAUCAUUCUUACAAAAGUAAAAAUUUUAUUCCAAAAGUUAUGUUUAUGGCUGCUGUAGCACGUCCUCGAUUUGAUGAAAAUGGAAUUGAGUUGUUUUCUCGAAAAAUAGGUAUUUUUUCGUUUGUAGUUAAGGAACCAGCUAAGUGGAAUAGCAAAAAUCGAACAGCAGGAACUAUGGAAACAAAGCCCAUUCAGUCAGUAACUAAAGAUAUCACUAGAGCUUGCUUGAUAGAGAAAGUUCUUCCUACUAUUAGAGCAAAAUGGCGAGCUUCCGAUUCAAAUAAUCCUAUCUUUUUACAACAAGAUAAUGCAAGGCCACAUAUUGGUAACAAUGAUUUGUGA